AUGGAAGCGGACGCGUAUUCUGAGGACGAUAACGAGGGCGGGUUCGAGGAUCUCGAGGAGGACGAAGCUGGCAUGGAUGAUGCUGCAGAAGCGCCCAAGCGCGCACAAUCACGCGACGGCGCAUUCUCUAUUCCCUCUAAUGAAGAGAUUCACGGCUUAAAAGAAACUAGCGAGCUGUAUAUGAACAGCAUGUUCAAGCUACAGCUGGAUGAGAUGAUGCGGCAUGUGCGUGUCGCAAAAGAACGCGCCGGCCCAAUGGAGCUCGUACUGCGCCGCCUACAUACCUUGUUCAUGCAGCUCCCUGCUAUUCCCGCACAGGACCUCAAAAGCGCCAAGCGUGCGCUUGCACGCCGAGCAAAAACCCCUGUGACCGUCCCCUUUCCGGAUCCUGCGCCGUUGGAAGACGCCGCGUACAAGUACGCUUUUUCCAAACCCUCGCAGAUGGAUCUUGUUGGCAGCUGGCCACUUGGAACUCUUGCACGGCGUCCGGGAGACAUGGAUGUGGACGUAGAAGUGCGGAUGCCGUCGGACCUGUUUCAAGAAAAAGAUACCUUUAAUGCACGCUACUUUUACAAGCGUGCAUACUAUCUCGCGGUGCUUGCCGCUGCGAUUAUAGAGGCCCCUGAUUUGGGUGUCGACGUGGCAUUUGGUGAUGUCAAUGGCGACCGGCGCAACACCUUCCUCGUCCUCUGCCCCCGUCGAACCAGCAAAGAUACUGAUUUCACCAAACUCAAGUCGGUUAUACGUAUCCACCUUGCGCACUCCUUGGGUACAUUUCCAGUGGCACGGCUUGCGCCGAGCCGCAACUCGCUGCGCGGGACACUGGUCGAUGAGCAAGCGCCAGCGCCGACGCCCGAGUACAAUGCGAGCAUCCUUCAAGAUGCUUUGCGCCUUCCGCACCUCGUCUUUUUGCAUCACACCGCGACGCAAUGCGCGGCAUUCACUGAGGCAUGCCAGUUGCUCAAGACCUGGGCAACCCAGCGCGGAUUCGGAGCCUUGACACUGUCCGGGACCAUGUACGCAGGAUGGCGCACCGUUGCGCGUACAGAAAAUGCGCGCUUCCUGCUCACCAUGCUCCUUGCCCACCUGCUCCAUGGUGACGACCGCAAAGGACGGCGGGACGUGCGCAAGCUUUCGUCGGGCUUCAGCAGCUACCAACUCUUGCGCGGCGUCCUGGAAUUCCUCGCGCUGCAUCCCUGGAGCACUGAACCGGUUUUUAUGCGCGCACAGCCUGCCAUGGGCCUUGGGCCGCACGAUUUGCCGUACGGUGCAUUUGCUGAGUGUCCGCGCGUGUUUGUCGACCCGAGCGGGUGCCUAAAUUUGCUGAGUGCAUGGCCCGCUGCGUCGCUCGACCUACUCCAGCAGGAAGCGGCGCAGACGUUGCGCAUGCUCAACGAUGCAGAAACGGACCAUUUCUCCGCGCUUUUCCUCACGCCGUGCACUGCGCCAAUCGCGCGCUUCGACACGGCCGCUGCACUCACGCUUGCAGCGCACAGUAAAACGAGCGUGGCGCGCCUCGAUGCGGGCUGUGCGCGGAAUAUUGGGCUUGUUCGUUUGCUCGACGUAGGCGCAACCGCCCUCGGUGUUCGUGCCCGAGGCAUCGCCGCAUGCUACACCGCCGGCCUUGCACGCUGGCAGGUCGAUGCCGAGGCGGCGCAGCCGUCGCGCCGUGUCGAGCUUGGCAUCCAGCUCGAUGCCGAGCAUGCCUUCCGCCAAGUCGACCACGGACCGAUGCCCGAGCAAAAGGAAGACGCGGAGCGAUUUCGCGCAUUCUGGGGCGACAUCGCGGAGCUGCGCAGGUUCCGCGACGGACGCGUGAUGGAAAGUGUCGUGUGGCCCAUUGCCUCGUUGGCAGACCGCACACGACUCCCCGAACGCAUUCUUGCGUACGCGCUUCUUCGCCACCAAUGCAUCUCCAGCGCGUCGAAUCUGAAAUGUAUUGGCGCGGCGCUGGACAAGCUGCUUGUGCCGCCCAGCACGCUCAGCACGCGUGCCUACCUCAAAGACCCUGUACAGCUAGGGUUUCAGCCGGUGCUUGGGGCGUUGGAGACGCUCAUCAAGCGUUUGCGCGCGAUGGACCAGCUUCCUUUGUCUGUGAUUGGUGUAGCGCCUGCCGACGCGGCGUUGCGCUCCAUGAGCGUGUUCGCUCCUGGUGCCUUGCGACUUGCCGAGUUGGGGCACAGUGUGCCGGACGUAGCGUCCUUUUUGCCGGUACAUACCUUGCUGCUCACAUUUGAGACGUCGGGGCAAUGGCCCGACGACCUCGCGGCGAUCCAGGAAAUGAAGACGGCGCUUUACGAGCGCAUGGCGCAUGUAUUGCCUGCACACCUCGACGGCGCAUCCAUGCGCGUCGUGUACGACGUGGAUGCGCGCGCGAGCGAAACGAUCCGCGAUCAAACCUACUUGGAAAUAGUGCUUCUGUCUGGAUUUGCGUUUGCCGCCCGCAUCCGUCACGACCGCGAACAUGUUUUGCUGCAGCGCCUGGCAAGAGAGGCUGCUGCCGGCGCGCCGCGUCGCGAGGCACAGAAAGCGCUAGCACGAUACGAGACGCGCUUUGUUCAUGCGCCGGCACACCAUGCGGCGAUGCAGGCGCUUCAGGAUCAGCAUCCGGCACUGGCGCCCACGGCGCGUUUGGUAAAGCGCUGGUUUGGCGCGCAGAUGCUCUCGACACAAGUGGCUCCAGAAGCCCUCGAGCUCCUCGCCGUCGCUGUGUUUAUUUCGAGCGAGCACGCGCCGCCCGGGACGAGUGCUGCAGGAUUCGUGCGAGUGCUCCGACUGUUGCGCGACUGGAACUGGCACGAGAUGCCGCUCCUGCUUCCACUUGAGGCAGCGACGCGGCGUGCGCACGAACACCGAGCGGCCAAGCUCGAUGAGGAGCGCGCGGUGCUCCGCAGAACGGCCGCGCAUGAGACUGUGUAUGCGCCGCCGAUUGUGUUCCCUGCUGCGGCGCGUGUAGAAGCCGAGCAAAAUUUCCGUGCUGCAAGGACGCGCGAUCCAGCCUUGCACCGUCGUGCGUGGUUUAUUGCGACGGAGCUGGAUCCAAGUGCAAGCGCUUGGACGCACAACCAGCCGAAUGCGACGGUUGCGGAUGGUGUACGGCAGCUUGCGACGCGAGCCGUGUCGAUAUUGGAGGGUGCGGUGCGGAGCAAAGACGUGCAAGUGCUGUUUACGCCGUCUGUACAGCACUAUGACUUUGUGAUCCACAUUCACGCUGGCGUGCAUACGCGCUAUGUCGAGCAUCUGCAGCCAGAACCGGGUGUAUGGCUCGUUGGAGGGGAGAAGGAGUACAAGAAUCUAGCCGCGCUGCGGCGGUCUGUGUACGGGAGCGAUGUGCGUGCAGAUUUCGACCCUGUGCGUGCGUAUGUGCAGCUGCUCCUGGCGCUGUACCCAGGCACGUUUACCUUGUUUUACGACGAGCAUGGCGGCACUGCUAUCGGCGGCCUUUGGAAUGCCAAGAAAAAAGCGAGGCACCCGUUCAAGGUGCUGCUUGGCCACUCGUCGCGCCCUGUUGCAGGAUCAGACGUGGUGGUAAACAGGCCGGCUAUAUUGGCCGAGGUGCAGCGUUUGGGCCAUGGCCUUGUAGAGCGGAUUGUCGUGGCAAAAGAGGCCCUUGAUGGCGAUACAUAG